UGUUAUUAAUGCUGUGUUGACAUCGGACCGAGGUGCACGUCGCAGCGAGAGUGACGAGGAUAUUUGCUCUUCUUUUGGAUAUUAAAACCGUGGAUAUUUUUGGAGAUCAUGCAGAAAUCUUGAAAUGAGAGUGUGAAAUGGUAUCACUUCCGAAAGUGAGGAUAAUUAUCACUGCCCCAUUGAUGACUACAGCCAGAACGGGUCUCAGGAAUCGCUGCGGCUGCAUUCAUAAACACUUCUUUAGGACUCACAACAACCCCUGAGCUUUGUUUUGGGGUCACAAAAAACACAAAUUCCUGUUCUGCACCUGGUUUAACAAUGGCUGAAAAAGGUAAACUGAGCAAUGAGCAUCUCGGAGGAGUUGUCAGGCUCCGAGAGGAACAAGAGAAGGUGGUGAAAGACUGUGAAAAUCGGGUUCAGCACUGGAAGAAGGUGUCAGGUGACUAUGAAGCGCUGAAUCACCGGCUUAAAACUCUUCCAGAUCAGCUUUCUUAUGAAAUCACGGUGCCAUUUGGCCCUCUGGCCUUCAUGCCGGGGAAGCUGGUGCACACCAACGAGGUCACGGCGUUGCUCGGCGACAACUGGUUCGCCAAGUGCUCCACCAAGCAGGCUCAGAAAAUUGUGGAUCACAGGACGAAAUAUGUGAAGAGCGAAAUCGACGAUCUCUUAAAGACGAUGAAAAACUUUGAAGCCAGAGUCGGGCUCGCCAAGGAUUUGGAAAACAUCUCGUCGGGGAAAGGGGACUUUAUUGACAUUAGAGAAGACUCUGGAAACAUCGAAGUUGCUGUCACCAAAGGAAGGAAAAGGAUAGCUCACAAACCCAAUUCCAAGCCCAAGUUGGAUGCCAUUUUGGAUCUGAAAGAAGAAGAAGAAGAAGAUGAGAAUAAAGGGGAAGAUGGAGGAAAAAGAGUCGGCACCAUCACUGAGGAGGAGUUGUGGGCUAGGUUGGAUGAACUUGAGAAACUGGAGCAGCAACAAGAUGAUCAGGACAGAUUAUCUGAUAAUGCCGACAUGAAUGGUGACAUGAAUGAUGAGGAAACAUCAUCUUCAUCCUCGGAAGAGGAGAAGGAGGCAGCACUUCCAGUAAACGGACAAAGUCUGAAGCCAAGCUGGACCUCCGCACCUCACGGUAAACUGCCGCCGUGCAUAGAAAGCAAAGCAGAGGAAGACGACGAUGAAGAAGAAGGCAACGGUUUGCCUACCAUCUUUUUCUCUCACACAAUGGAACCAAAGAAGGUGAGGAUAAACACUGGAAAGAACACCAUGUUGAAAUUCAGUGAGAGGAAAGAGCAGCAUUCUAAGAAGAAAAAGAAAAACGGCCUAAAUGGACACUCCCAUCACGAACUUCACAAAAUCUCAACCCCAGUGGACAUUUACAGGUUGUUUGUGGAUGUGAAGAAUGGGGAACUCAUCCCCAGAAAGUCCAUCCUAAAGUCUCGCAGCCGAGAGAACAGCGUAUGCAGCGACACGAGCGAGAGCAGCGCGGCAGACUUCGAUGAGCGUCGGAUGAUUGGACGAAGCUUCAGCCACGACGAUGCGACGACGCACAGCGACACCAGCGACGGCAUCACGGAGGAGGACAGUCCCACCGCCGUCCCACUGCACCCCGCCAGUCGAUUUGAGGCCUUUUCAGGUACAGUGGUAGAAAAGGACCCGAUGCCUACAGCUGUUCCUCACCUGACCAUCACUCCACCAGCUCUGCCGACAAUCAUGGAGAGGAAACAGGAGGAGGUGGCGUCUGACGUAGCCCCGCCCAAGGAGGCCCCGAAGAGGGUGUCCAAGUUUAAAGCUGCCAGAUUGCAGCAAAAGUGAUGGUUGGCAUUUUUUCCACAAUAACCUUUUUUUACUAAAGUUUCUUUUCUACAACCGAUGACCUGCGCAACCUCCUUAUCCUCUCGUUUCUUUCACUUAUUUCACCUCCUUCAAUACAGGGUUUGUCAUUGAGUAUUCAGUGAGAAAAAGUAGAGUAGCAACGCUUUGUGUGUAACACUGCUUUUUAGUCAGAUCCAAACACGAGUAAAUACUCCCUCGCUCACUCCGUCUGUUGCUUAUCCAUUAUUACAGUUUAAAUGGCUCUUAAUAAUUUUACCUUUCUUCAGAUUUUCUGUUGAUCAAUGCUAUGGCCAGUUAAGGUAGGACUCUAGGCUGCUCUUAAAAUCAGUUGCCUUUUUUUUCUCCGAUUAUUAAGCAGAAUCGGUUGCCAGCUAGCUCUUACUUGUAUUUUCUCUUGACCUGCCUAAUGAAUGUAUGUAUUCCUUUGUGACAAGCUUUAUGUAAAGACAAAAAAAGAAUAUUGAUGGAAACUAAAAGGAAAAUUAAAAUGUUUAUUUACAAAUACUA